CACGUGCAGAGUCACAUGAUACAUUGUGUAGCCGGCCGGGCUGUGAGUUACGCUGUUCGAAGUCGUUCCAGUGACAACUGUAUUUAGCAAUCAGACAUGAAGUAUUGUUCAAGUGUGGUCGCCUUUGCCUUUUUGGCUUUUGGCGUUGCUUUCGCAGCGGUGAUGCAGUAUGACCCUCUGAGGAUAACUUCCAGGUUGCAAUCUGAAAUGGAGGAUCUCAUGCAACUGGUUAUGAAGCCUCACACUCUCAGCAGAAAUGUACCCCUACAGGUGUACAAGGAGAUGGGCCUGAACCCAAGCACUCGUCUGACAGAUUACAGAUGGGUAAACUGUGGCAACAAGUCUGUGGAGAACCUGCUCAUCAAUGACAUCAAGUUCUCCCCCGACCCCAUCUCCCUGCCAGGAACUCUCACCGUCUCCUUCAGCAUUACCGUCAACGUGACAGUAGCAAGUCAGCUUAAGGGAGUUGUCCUGCUGGAGAAGCAGGUUGCCGGGAGCUGGAUUCAGCUGCCGUGUAUUGGCAACAUUGGCUCCUGCACUUACAAUGACAUUUGCCCACUGCUCAAUCAGAUUGGAGUUUGUCCUGACUCGUUUAAGGCAGCCAAUGUACCAUGCAAAUGUCCCUUCAAUGCAGGUACAUACACACUUCCUGGUGCCAGCUUUGAGAUUGAUGCCAGCUUCUUGCCAUCGGGCGACUACCACAUCCGCGCCAACCUAACCCAUGGCGCCCUUGAUGGUGGCUGCUAUGACAUCUAUGCCUCUUUUGCAUAAAUGAUGUUGAACAGGAUACAACAUUACCAGGAACAAGUUGAAGACAAUGCAACAGAAUCACGAAAUUGUCCAUGUUCUUUCAUCACAUUCCAUAUGUCUGUUUUAUGUGCAGAAUAGUAUGUUUUUAAGACUCAUAUUUAUUUUCAAAAAAUUAAAAGUGCAACAAAUUCAUUUAUGAAAUGUUUUGUUUUUUGUAAUGUGUGUUUUAAAACAUUUUUUGUAUAAUGGUAGAUCUACCACAGUGAAUAAGUCAAACAUGUCAAAGGGUGAAUUUGAGUAAGUGUCUUUUUUGUGUUGUUUGUAAUUUAUCUAAGAUAACAAAUAUUGAAUUCAACAAUGCAUAAAAUUUCAAGAUGAGGUCUUUUGAGAUUGCUACUAUUUUUUAUAUGCAGUUUACAUACGAAAUAAAUUAUGAAAAAAUAUAUCAAUGUUUCACCUGUAAAUGAAUGCAUGCCAUUGUGAUAUGCUAUCAUAAUUAUCAAGGGAGAGAACUCUUGACACUGCAAUGUAUACAAAUGGGUUUUAUGCAAUUUAUGAAAUUUUUUUUAAUCCGAGUUCCCAGGCAUAGAUAGGUGGUUUGUUUGUGUCAUUUACAAGUGUGGCCUGUAAUUGUAAAUGAUUUUUCUUAAUAAUGCUAGAAUAUGAAAGCCGUCAAAACUUCAGCAUCAUUUGACAAACUUACCAAGGGCUAAGGUAUAUGAGACUAUUGAUCAUCUGAAGUGUUUCUCUUAUCCUGGUAUUUGUUUGUAUGUGGAGUAUGCAUGAAGUGCAAUUAGCAGUGUAUAUUUCUGAUGAUGAUUGGUUAUGAUGAAAUGUCGUUGUUGCAUGGAUACUUGUGGAAUGAACACAGAGACCUACCCGAAGGAUACAGUGAAUCUGAAGUGUUUAUAAUCAUUAAUUCAUGGGCCCAACACAUAACACUGUUUCCUUUGGAGAUGUAUCAGAUGUAUGAGCUAGAGGGUUUUUUAAAUCAACAACAUUUUGUUUUGUUUUAUAUUGUUUUAUUGAUCCACUGACAAAGUAGGUUUUUUUUCAUAAUAGCCUGUCAGUGGUCACUGACCACACCUUGGGCUUAUUUCCAAUACUGUGACAUAAUUGUGCUCCUGUCCUCCUCCUUUCGUUGCAUUUUGGCCAUUGGGUAACAGGGUUUGAUUUAAAGAACUUGAUUUAACUUGUGCAGUGCAUGUUGACAUGGACACCAGAUAAAACCAGGUUACACUCUGGUCCCAUAAAUUUAAGUUGAAACAUAAGCCAGUCUGUUGCCAGGUUCACACAAGUUAAUGACAUAUUGCUGUAAGGCGUAAUAGAAACAUGCACAUUAUCUUAAAGUACCCAUAGUGUGGUGACGUCAAGCCUAAGAAAGCAUGACAACUUACACUUAACACAGGGAUUAGUGAUGUAUGUAUGGCAAAUAUACUUUAGAAGUAUUGAGUGUGAUCAAAGAUGUUUUGUGGAAACAAGUACGGUUUAGUCAGGGACAAAUUUGAAAAAGUUUGACAUGCACUUUGCGCAUGUAGACAUUAGGUAUUAUUUUUCAAUAAAAGGUUGCACUUGUGCAUAUUUUAUAUAGCUAAAUCAAGCCCUGGGUAGCCUGGAGGUUAAAAACCUGGGUUUCAUUCUCCACAUGGGUACAUUUGGGGCAGCUGAUUCUUGGUGUCCACUGCCCUAAUGUUCUUUGAAUAUUGCCAAGGGUGGUGGAAGUUCAUGCUCACUCAAAUACUCAUUGUCAGUUUACAUCUAUUGUGUGAAAUUUGGUCUCAGAAUAAAACAUUUUAUAAAAGAAA